UAUCACAUGACCAUUUAUUGAUAAUAAUCAUCAUGGCUACUACUGCAUCGAAAUUGAUGGAAAAAGAUGAACAAUUGCAGCUGUGUAUACAACGAUUUGUUUCAGAUACACAAUCAAUGAUCAAUCAAUUCAGUGAACUAUUCAUUGGUGAAUUACGACGUUUCGCUGAUGUUUGUAUGGAAUUUUCCGUUUCUUAUCGUAGCAUACAAGAAGAUCGUCAAUUCUUAUCGGCUGAGAAUAAAUCGCUCAAAGAUGAACUUGAUGCUCGUACCGCUGAAGUAGAUUUUCUUGGUAAAGAACUUCGAGAAAUACGAGAAGAAAAUGAUGAAUUAAUACGUAAGAUUGAAUGUUUGAAUAUAAAUUCGGAUGGAGAAAUAUCGAUGAUGAUCCAUCAUGAUCGACCUAGAGAUUAUGCUGUGGUCAAUUCUAUGCCAGCAUUUCCAAGACGAUAUUCCAGUGCUACUGGUUAUGAGCCACCGGCUUCAUCAGCUGGUAGCUAUCAUCAUCGAGAAGAAGGUGUUCCAAUUCAAGAAAACACUGAAUUUAAUUUAAGUACCGAAUCAUCGUUGCCAUCAACAAAUUCGAAAAAUCAAUUAAUGCUCUUGACACCACCUAUUGCUUUCAAAACAAAUAUUGCCAAUAAUAACAAUAUUGAUAGCUCUAAUAAUAGAGGUAAAUUAUCGCCCUCAGGAAAUCAAAGUAGUGAUGAAACUUCAUCAAAUAAUCAUACAAAUGAAACAAUACGUUCGCAUUCACGUGAUGACAUAUCAACACUUUAUGCUCAUUUAUUGAAUCAUGAUAAUAAUAAUAAUAGCGAUUCAGGUAGUAAUCAACUAAUCGGUGUAAAUAGUGGUUCAUCGAGGAAUUCAGAUCGAUCACCAUCGUUGGAUGAAAUACGUGGUAUUGGUAAUGCAAAAAUCAUUCAAAUGGUUUAUAAUCAAACCAAUGGAUUACAAGAACAAAGAACAUUAUCAACGGCAGUUAGUUCAUCAGCCGGUACAUUCUACGAUUGUAGCAGUAUGUCAAAUUUCGAUAAUUUAAAUGAUAAUAGUAUGUACAAUUCAAAUCAGCAACAAUUACUUAAAACUGUUACAGAUCAAAUAAGGCAAUUGUUCGGCAGACCGACGGAAACGAUUAGUGACCAACAUCAACAACAACAAUCAUCAUCGAUAAAUACGACUAUGGUAUCACCCCAAGUUAUUGUUUGCCAUGGAUCAAAUGAUGAAAACGAUGGCGGUUUGAUCAGCUCUCCUAAUAUUGGACAAAGUACAAUGAUUGACGGUGAAAUGAAAAAACGUCAUCCAACCGAAAUCACCACUAAUAUUGAUCAGUCAUCAACAAUCGAUGCGAUGUAUGCGAAUGCAUUUAUAGCGAAAACACCAUCACCAAAUUAUUGUGAUUAUGGCCAACAUUUGGAUAAAUAUCGCUGUGAUAAUGAUCAUAACAAUGAUAAAGAAUCUGGUGCAGGUGAUGUCGAUGAAUUUUUGCUCAAUGCUCCACCUGUUCAACGAUAUAAUUCGAAAAAAUUAUCAAAAAAGCGUAAAAGUCGUCGACGAGCUGGAGCCGAAACGAACCGUGAUAAUGAUCAACAUUUAUUACAACAGAAUCAACCAGAUAUUUCGCCGACCAUAAUCAUGCCAUUAACAUCGAUCGAUUCUAUUUCAAUAAUUCCCUCACCGAAAAUUGAUCUAAAUCGUUACCUACUAGUAGAGAUUUGUCACAUUGUUUCACCAUCGCAUUUUUAUCUUAUAAUCAAUGAUGAAAAAAUCGGUACGAAUGCAUUCGAAGAUUUUCUGGAACGAUUUCAAAAUUUUUACAAAUCAAUCGAAGCAAUUGGACAAGAUGGCAAUGUGAAUGAUGAUGAUAUUGAUGAUGUUGAUGAUGAAGAACGCCAGUUACGAAUGUUGGUUAGUAUACCACCAUCAACUCAAACAUUGACAAUCGGUUCAUAUUGGGCAUGCUAUAUUGAUGAUGAAUUGGAUUGGCGCCGUGUACAGAUUAUUGAACGAUCCAAUCUUGAUGACCAUUAUAGUUCCGAUAGUAAUAAUCAUGAUGAAUUCAUUAUGGUCAAAGAUGUUGAUUCCGGUUAUUCAAGCCUAGUGCAUAUACAAAUGAUACGGCCAUUAACCUAUGAAAUGGCACAAGUACCAGCAUUCGCUGUACGUUCAUCAUUAGCAUUUAUUUAUCCACAUCAUCAUCAUCAACAACAGUCAUCUCAUGUCAAUAAUAGGCGUGAUGAUCAAUACUAUGAUCAAUGGCCAAUGGAAUGUUGUCAAUUUUUUGAAGAUAUGACCUAUGAUCAGAUAUUGACAGCAUCAGUUCUGCAAAUAAAUCAUUCGAACGGACACCAACAAUCAUUGGAAAUCAAUGGAAAUCUUGAUGAUGAAAUUGCUCACGUAUUACUUUGGUGUACAUCAGCUGAAGAUUAUGAAAUUUUCAUCAAUCGUAAAUUGAUUGAAUUGAAUUAUGCAAGCAAUGUAGCCGACGAUGAUUCAUGGAUGGAUCAAUUUAAUGAAGUUCUUAAUAAUAACGUAGCUGCAUCACCAUCACCAGAAUCACCAAAUAUCGAAACCUGUUUCAAUAUUCAACUUGCAAAACCGACAGAUGAAACGGCUAUUGUAGCUACAGUUUCACCACCUGCAUUCCAAACAAUAAACAAUAAUGAUAAUGCUCAACCUGAAUCAAAUGGAUCAAUGAAAUCGAUGGAAACAGCUCCUAACAUCGAAUAUGUCAACCCUGUGGUAGGCAAUAAUGAAUCGAUCAAUAGUAAACAAACGGAUAGAAAAAUUAAGAUCAAAACUAGAAGUAAAAAAAAGAAAGGUUCAUUGAACGAAGCCAAAGACGAGAACAACGAAUGUCCCGAUUCCUGCAUCAAUCGACCAGCAGUACCGAUACCGAUGAUUGGAGACGUCGACGUCAACGGCCAACAACCAUCCGUGACGAAUACCAGCAUCACCAACAACAAUACAACGACAAUCGAAUCGGAAACGAAUUAUUCACUAGGCAAAACAUCGAAUUCGAUAACCGUGAACAACGAAAAGAUGAUCAAAAAGUCCAUUUGUUCAUCUUCAGACAACCGUAGUUUUAAACACCAACAAGAGCCACAUUCAUUGUUACCACCAUCAUCUCCAUCUCCUUCCAAAUCACCGAAUAGCUUGCUACAACUAUCCAUUGAACCUAUAAUUCAGAUUAGUAUAGCCAUCCACCAUUCAACCUCAAUCCCGAAUAACAACAUCAUAACCCAUGAACAGAAAGAAAUUGACUAUUUGAAACAAUCGAUUGAUGAUUCUGACAAUCAUGAUUCAUCAAUAUUUGAUCAUUAUUGUCAUACAUUACAUCAUGAUCCACGAUUAUCAAAUUGGAUCAUUCAAAAACAUUCACGUCAUGUUGUAUUGAAAAAAACAUUCAUGCCGGACAAGAUAAGCUAUUUGUUGUUUAUAAGCUGUUAUUUUGAACCAAAUAAAUUCAUUGGAAUAUUACCAUUUGGUGAACGAAAAAUUGAUUCUGAACAAUUAGGACAAUUUGUACGGAACACACAAGAAUCUCAAACACCAUUCCGUCAAUUUGUCAGUGAUAUGACAGAAUUUUAUCGUCAAGAACAAUCAUCAUCUUUACGACUUUUACCCGAACAAUGUGUAUUCGAACAGAAUAAUACAAGCAGUACAAUUGUAUUCUAUGAUCAACAAUCCGGUCUUUUUCUUCGUGGGCAUAUUGUCGGUCGUGAUAUGAUAAUGGAAUCACAAAAUGUUGAUUAUGAUAAACAACAACAGCAACAAGAAUCAAUAACUGAAUCAAAAAGCGUGAAAGAUUUGCUCAAAGUACCUAACGAUGACAAUGAUGAUAGACCAAUGAAACAGAAAAAAACAUUGUCACUAAGACGUCGUUCAUUACAUGAUUAUACCACACGAUACAUUAUUUAUGCCAUUGAUGUUGGCAGGUAUUUUCAAGUACCAUUGAAACACAUUUAUCAUCUGGAUGAUCGUUUCAAAAUGGCUAAACCAUUUGCUAUUGUAUGUAAACUACAUGGCUAUCCUAAUAAUAAAAGCAAAUUAUCGAAAAUAAGAUCGAUAAUAAUGGAAAAGAAAUUUUUCGGUAUUCGUUUUAUUGAUAUUGAUUUCAGCACCGAACGUUUUGCCGUUGAAUUAUUUACGGUCAAUCUGAAAGAUGAGGAAUCCAGUUUUAAGAUGAAUCGACCAUCUUCAUCAUGGCGAACAUCAUCACCGUUGAUAAGCAAAAAUUUGAUUCAUCUUAUCUAAU